AGGGCGGCGGCGGCGGCAGCGAUGGGCGCCGGGACGGAGCCGGCGGAGGCGCAGCCCGACGCGGCGGAGGGGAGGAUCUAUCUGGACUACAACGCCACCACUCCGCUGGCCCCCGAGGUGGCCCAGGCUGUGUGGGACGCCAUGCGCCAGGCCUGGGGCAACCCCAGCAGCUCCCACCCCGCAGGCAGGAAGGCGAAGGAGCUCAUUGGCAGUGCCCGGGAGAGCCUGGCGAGGAUGGUGGGAGGUCGGCCGGAGGACAUCAUCUUUACCUCGGGGGGCACAGAGGCAAACAACAUGGUGAUCCAGACUGCCCGCAGGCACGUCUGUGAAAACCAGGCCAGGCCGGGGGACAGCUGGGGGACACCACACAUCGUGACGUCAAGCGUGGAGCACGACUCUGUCCGCCUGCCACUGGAGCAGCUGGUGAAGGAGAGUCUGGCAGAAGCCACCUUUGUGGCCGUGUCCCCACAAAGUGGGCAGGCUGAGGUGGACGACGUCCUCGCCGCCAUCCGGCCAACCACCUGCCUGGUUUCCAUCAUGUUGGCCAAUAACGAGACUGGGGUCAUCAUGCCUGUAAUGGAGCUGAGCCAGCGCGUCCGUGCCCUCAAUCAGCAGAGAGCAGCAGCGGGGCUGCCCAGGAUCCUGGUGCACACGGACGCAGCCCAGAUGAUUGGCAAGGGGCGUGUGGACGUGCAGGAGCUGGGGGUGGACUACCUCACCAUUGUGGGACACAAGUUCUACGGCCCGCGGAUCGGCGCGCUGUACGUGCGCGGCCCUGGCACCACCACCCCGCUGCACCCCAUGAUCUUUGGAGGGGGACAGGAGAGGAAUUUCCGGCCUGGCACCGAGAACACCCCAAUGAUCGCUGGUCUUGGCCAGGCUGCAGAGUUAGUGAGCAAGAACUGGGAGGCCUAUGAGGCUCACAUGCGGGAUGUUCGGGAUUACCUGGAGGCCAGGCUGGAGGCUGCCUUUGGGAAGCAGAGAAUCCACUUCAACAGCCACUUUACAGGCUCCAAACGACUCUGCAACACCUCUAACUUCUCCAUCCUGGGCCCAGGCCUUCAAGGGCGAAGGGUGCUGUCUCGCUGCCAGAUGCUUCUUGCCAGCGUUGGGGCUGCCUGCCACUCUGAGAAAGGGGAUCGGCCCUCCUCAAUUCUGCUCAGCUGUGGGAUCCCCUGCGAUGUGGCGCAAAAUGCCCUGCGGCUGAGCAUGGGUCGGGACACCACGCGGGCAGACGUGGACCUGGUGGUGCAGGAUCUCGUGCAGGCUGUGGCGCGGCUGGACCAGGACCAAACCCCAUAGACCCCAGGAAUCGCUCCCCAGCCUUCACCCAGCAGGGAGAGCUCUUGUUGCCAGCUCCACGUGCUCCUAAAGGAAACAGAUUUGUUGGGGCAGCUGUAACUGUUCCAGCACCCAAGGAAACACGUCAUCCCUGCGUGGCCCAGGC